CUGCAAGUAGAUCAUCAUAACUAAGAGAAAAUGAAGACAGCAGCAGUAGCGGCAGCACCAGUAGUACUACUCGAGGGCAGUGAAGCCCACAAACCACUCCCCAAAGUGAGAGUGAGUAGAGUGCUCUCUGUUCUCGAUUUCAUUCUGCGGGUAGCUGCAGCCCUCGGAACACUAGCAAGUGCCAUAGCCAUGGGAACCAGCAGGCAAACACUUCCAUUUGUCGCACGGUUUGUCCGAUUCAAGGCUAAUUACAAGGAUCUUCCUAUGUUUACGUUCUUUGUCAUUGUUAAUUCAAUUGUAUGUGUCUACCUUGUGCUUUCACUUCUGGUGUCUAUUGUCCACAUUAUCUGGACAGGAGCAGUGAAAAGUCGGAUCACCUUGAUCAUCUUGGACACGGCAAUGAUGGGUCUUCUUACUGCUGGAGCAUCUUCAGCAACAGCAAUAGUGUUUCUGGCACACUAUGGCAGUUCAAGCGUCAAUUGGUUUCCAUUUUGCCGCCAAUUUAACAACUUCUGUGAGCGCAUAUCGGGCUCUCUCAUCGGCUCUUUCGUUGCCGUUGUUGUCAUGGUUCUGCUAAUCAUCAUGUCCUCUGUCGCAAUCUCUCGCCACUAGCUGAUCAUGUGCUGCAAGAAACUAAUGUUAUAGUGAUGGACCAAUGUCAUCUCUUUCAUGUGAAUAAUAUUGGAUUGUGAUAAAGUGGAGUGUGCAAACAAUUUGCUAAAGUAAUCCUAUAUAUACAGAACAGUCUUC